AUGGAGAAGCUACGAUGGUGCUUUCUGAUCAUGAUCAGCUUCUCUCAGGCUUUUGGCCAUGAAGACAUGUCUAAAAGGGCCUUCGUGUUUCCCAAAGAGUCAGAUACCUCCUAUGUGUCUCUGGAAGCACAGUCAAAGAAGCCACUGAAUGCCUUCACCGUGUGUCUCCAUAUCCACACUGCCCUGAGCACAAUCCGCAGCUUCAGCAUCUUCUCUUAUGCUACCCAGAAGAACGCUAACGACAUUCUCAUAUUUUGGAGAAAGGAUAAAGGGUAUAUUUUUGGAGUGGGUGGGCCUGAAGUACUAUUCACAUCUUCAGCAAUCCUUGAGGCUCCUACCCACAUCUGUGCCAGCUGGGAAUCUGCUACAGGGAUUGUAGAGUUCUGGGUUGAUGGGAAACCCAAGGUGCGGAAAAGUCUGCAGAAGGGCUACACCGUGGGAACAAAUGCAAGCAUCAUCUUGGGGCAGGAGCAGGACUCGUACGGCGGUAACUUUGAUGCAAAGCAGUCCUUGGUGGGAGACAUCGGAGAUGUGAACAUGUGGGACUUUGUGCUAUCUCCAGAACAUAUCAACACAGUCUAUGUUGGUGGAACACUCAGCCCCAGUGUUUUGAACUGGCGGGCACUGAAGUAUAAAGCACAGGGUGAUGUGUUUAUCAAGCCGCAGCUGUGGUCCUGA